GCUAACGUGCGCGCUAGACGUAUCGCAAGCGACAACUACGCACGCAAACAUUCACACACACACCAAUAGAACGUGAACACCGAUAAACCCGAAAAAAAGAAUAUACAGUGAUAAUAAUCGUGACGCGCGACGUGUGUUGUUCAUCAUCAAGGUUCCUAACCAUAAACCCAAAAAACCAAGUGCUUAAAUGAAAACGAAAUUAAUAUGUGGCUGCAAGUAACAGUUAACUGUGGGCAAAGUUUUGUGCCACGCCAAUUAUAAUUAACUCGAGCGGAAAACAAAACACGAAACGAACCGAAGACGAAGCUGAAGAAGAACGGGUCGAAAAUAUGUGCGCAGACUUUUUGGCCGGCAGCAAGUGGAAUUGAUUUUCAUUUCGUUUCUUCUGAUUUCUUUCGCACACACACACACACACUUACACUACAAUACACUAACACACACACACACACACACACACACUCAGUGAUAUGGUAAAAAUGGCCAAAAUAAUAUCCCUGCAUCCUUUGUGCCUGCUCUGCCUGCUGCUCGCAUCGAGCAACUGCAUCAGCAGCCAGGCGACAACAUCGCAGUCGAGCAGUGCAGCAGAUGCUUCCUCUGCCGCCUCCCCCUCGCUGCACCACCAAACGCAAUCGCAUUCGAACGCCAUCAUGGGCGAGGCGGGCGUCUCCAACACACAGCUGCUGCAGCCGGCAGCGUCGCCGCCACGCACACUGCGUCCGCUGGCCAACGGGGCGGAUGGAGCGGGUCUCUAUGAUGCACCCGACGAUUGCCACUUUCUGCCCGCUGCCGGACUCGAGCAGCCCGAAAUCGCGCUCACCUGCAAUCUGCGCACGGUGAACAGCGAAUUCGACACGACGAACUUCAGUGUGAUUCCCGCUGAGCACACUGUGGCCUUGCACAUACUGUGCAACGAUGAGAUCAUGGCCAAGAGUCGCCUGGAGGCGCAAUCCUUUGGCCAUUUGGCGCGUCUCCAGCAGCUUUCGAUACAGUACUGCAAGCUGAGCAAACUGGGGAGACAAGUUCUGGACGGUCUGGAGCAGUUGCGCAAUUUAACGCUGCGCACUCACAACAUCCUUUGGCCAGCGUUGAAUUUCGAGAUUGAGGCAGAUGCCUUUGCGGUGACCAAGCAGCUGGAACGUUUGGAUCUAAGUUCGAACAACAUUUGGUCGCUGCCUGACAACAUUUUCUGUGCAUUGUCCGCGCUGUCUGCUUUAAAUAUGAGCGAGAAUCGGCUGCAGGAUGUGAAUGAACUUGGGUUCAGGGAUCGCAGCAAGGAGUCGGCUACCUCAACGGAAACCAGUUCGACCACAGAAACAGCUUCAAGGCGAGGCGGCAGCUCCUGCAGCUUGGAGCUGGAGCUGCUCGAUGUGAGCUACAAUCACUUUGUGCUGCUGCCCGCCAAUGGCUUUGGCACCUUACGCAGGUUGCGCGUGUUGCACGUGAACAACAACGAGAUUUCGAUGAUUGCUGACAAAGCGUUGAGCGGAUUAAAGAAUUUGCAAGUGCUCAAUCUGAGUUCCAACAAGAUUGUGGCACUCCCCUCUGAACUAUUUGUGGAGCAAUCAAAGACCAUUCAAGAGGUUUAUCUGCAGAACAAUUCCAUCAGCGUGUUGAGUCCACAGCUCUUCUCGAAUCUCGACCAGCUGCAAGCUCUAGACUUGAGCUUCAAUCAAAUCACCUCAACGUGGACGGAUCGCAACACCUUCGCUGGUCUCAUCAGACUUGUGCUCCUCAACCUCUCGCACAACAAGUUGACCAAAUUGGAGCCGGAGAUCUUUACGGAUUUGUACACGCUGCAGAUUCUCAAUCUUCGUCACAAUCAACUGGAGAACAUUGCGGCAGAUACUUUUGCCCCAAUGAACAAUCUGCACACACUCCUUCUGUCCCACAACAAACUCAAGUAUCUGGAUGCAUAUGCUCUGAAUGGUCUCUACGUCUUGUCCCUGCUCUCGCUGGACAACAAUGCGCUGAUUGGCGUCCAUCCAGAUGCGUUCAGGAACUGCAGUGCUCUACAAGAUCUCAAUCUGAAUGGAAACCAACUUAAGACAGUUCCUUUGGCUCUGAGGAAUAUGCGUUUGUUGCGCACUGUGGACUUGGGGGAGAAUAUGAUUACGGUGCUGGAAGAGAAUGCUUUCAAAGGUCUUGGCAAUCUUUAUGGCUUGAGGUUGAUUGGCAACUAUCUGGAGAACAUUACCAUGCACACGUUCAGGGAUCUGCCCAGUUUGCAGAUCUUGAACUUGGCCAGAAAUCGCAUUGCUGUCGUUGAACCGGGAGCAUUUGAGAUGACGUCGAGCAUUCAGGCAAUCAGAUUGGAUGGCAACGAUUUGUCUGACAUCAAUGGACUGUUUAGCAACAUGCCUUCGCUGCUUUGGCUAAACAUCUCGGACAAUCGACUGGAGAGCUUCGACUAUGGUCAUGUGCCCAGCACGCUGCAGUGGCUCGAUCUGCACAAGAAUCGCCUGAGCUUGCUUUCCAAUCGCUUCGGUUUGGAUGCUGAAAUUAGGUUGCAAACUCUCGAUGUGAGUUUCAAUCAGCUGCAGCGCAUUGGACCCGCUUCUAUACCGAAUGCCAUUGAAUUGUUGUUCUUGAAUGAUAAUCUGAUUACAACUGUGGAUCCGGAUACUUUUAUGCACAAGACAAACUUAACCAGAGUCGAUUUGUAUGCCAAUCAAAUCACUACGUUGGAUAUUAAAUCGCUGCGCAUUUUGCCAGUGGCAGAGCAACGACCAUUGCCUGAAUUCUACAUUGGAGGAAAUCCUUUUACCUGUGACUGCAACAUUGAUUGGCUGCAGAAGAUCAAUCACAUCACAUCUCGUCAGUAUCCACGUAUUAUGGAUCUGGAGACUAUCUACUGCAAGUUGUUGAAUAACAGAGAAAGAGCUUACAUUCCUCUGCUUGAGGCAGAGCCAAAGCACUUUCUCUGCACCUACAAGACGCAUUGCUUUGCCGUCUGCCAUUGCUGCGAGUUCGAUGCCUGCGACUGCGAGAUGACUUGCCCCACCAAUUGCACUUGCUUCCACGACCAGACGUGGUCCACCAAUAUUGUGGAAUGCUCCGGCGCUGGUUACUCCGAGAUGCCACGUCGUGUGCCAAUGGACACCUCAGAGCUGUAUAUUGAUGGCAACAACUUUGUGGAGUUGGCUGGACACUCGUUUCUGGGACGCAAGAACUUGGCUGUUUUGUAUGCCAACAACUCGAAUGUGGCACAUAUUUACAACACCACUUUCAGUGGCUUGAAGAGACUCUUGGUGCUGCAUCUUGAGGACAAUCAUAUUGUGGCACUCGAGGGCAACGAAUUCCACAAUCUGGAGAAUCUGCGUGAACUCUAUUUGCAAUCGAAUCGCAUUGCGAGCAUUGCCAAUGGCAGCUUUCAAAUGCUGAGGAAACUUGAAGUACUUCGACUCGAUGGCAAUCGCCUGAUGCACUUUGAAGUGUGGCAACUCUCAGCGAAUCCUUACCUGGUGGAGAUCAGUCUGGCGGACAAUCAAUGGAGCUGCGAGUGCGGAUAUCUUUCACGCUUCCGCAACUAUCUCGCCCAGAGCUCGGAGAAGAUAAUCGAUGCAUCGCGCGUCAGUUGCAUCUACAAUAAUGCCACCAGUGUGUUGCGUGAGAAGAAUGGCACCAAGUGCACGUUGCGCGAUGGUGUGGCACACUACAUGCACACCAAUGAGAUUGAGGGAUUGCUGCCACUUCUACUUGUUGCCACCUGCGCCUUUGUUGGCUUCUUUGGACUCAUCUUUGCGCUGUUUUGCUAUCGCCAUGAGUUGAAGAUGUGGGCACAUUCGAGCAGCUGCCUCAUGACUCUCUGCUAUCGCUCGCCACGCUUUGCUGUGGAUCAGCUGGACAAGGAGCGACCCAAUGAUGCGUACUUUGCUUACAGUCUGCAGGACGAACACUUUGUCAAUCAGAUCUUGGCCAACACGCUGGAGAGCGACAUUGGCUAUCGACUGUGUUUGCACUAUCGUGAUGUCAACAUCAAUGCUUACAUUACUGAUGCGCUGAUUGAGGCUGCGGAGAGUGCAAAGCAAUUCGUGCUGGUGCUCUCAAAGAACUUUCUGUACAACGAAUGGACGCGCUUUGAGUACAAGAGUGCGUUGCAUGAGCUGGUGAAGCGCAGGAAGCGCGUUGUCUUCAUACUCUACGGCGACUUGCCGCAACGUGACAUCGACCUGGACAUGCGUCACUAUUUGAGGACGAGCACGUGCAUCGAGUGGGACGACAAGAAGUUCUGGCAGAAGCUGAGAAUUGCCUUGCCGCUGCCCCAUGGCCGGGGCAACAACAACAAGCGGGUCACCGGUUGCUUGGGCACAGCGCGCAGCACUUCGGUGAAUAUGUAUGCCACGGCUCACGAGUAUCAGGCGGGUGUCGGAGGAGGCGUGGCUGGACUGCCAGUGGCAGCAGCUGGCGGAGGAGGAGGAGGAGCUGCACGUAUGGCGGACAAGCUGUACGCUGAUUGCGGCAGCAGCAACAAUUAUGCCACAAUCAAUGAGUGUGGCGCUGCCACAAGAGGCUACAAACCGAUUCCGACAUCGGCUUCGGCUGCGGCAGCUGCAUGCAAAUUCAAUACGAUGAAUCAGCUGUCGAAGAAGCAGCGCGAACUGAGCGUCGCUGGCAUGGCCAAAACGCUGGAGCAUCAGCAUCAUCAUCACCAACAACAGCAGCAGCAACAACAGCAACAACAGCAGCAGCAGCAACAUCGUCGCAGCCAGCAUGAGUAUGCGGUGCCCGCGUAUCUUGCCACAGCUGCAACUGCAGGUCAGGCGCCUGCCUACGAUAGCGUGGACUAUGCGAAGCAGCAGCAGCUGCGUGGCAACAAUUGCGAAUGCAUUUCCACCGCGAAGCGUUCGGUGAAGAGUCAGGCGGGCAGCCAGCUGCCCAGCUCGUUUAGCUCGAACUUUGUGCCGCCUUCGCUGGCCAUGGGCAGCGGCGCUUACAAUUGCAAGAAGCCCUGCAACUGCAACGCGGAUGAUGAGCUGCUUUGUGGCUGCGGGGGACUGGAGAGUGGCACGCAGAGCAGCGCCACGAUGAGCAGCAGCAGCAACAACAGCAGACAGCCGGAGCUGACACACUACGAAUCGAAUUUGAGUCUCAACGAGUUGGAUGAUGGCGGCGUGACGAAGCCGCUGCACGAUCUGUGGGCGUAACCACACAGACACACAGACAGACAGACAGUCGACCAGUGAAUUUAUAAGCAAGGCAAAGCAACUAAACUAAACUAAACUAAACUAAAUUAAACUAAACUACAUUAUAUACUAACUAAACUAAAGUAAACUUAAAUUGAUACGCAUAACGUUAAAGCGAAAGCGAAAGCGAAAGGAAAAAAGCAUAGCAUACUUUUUGGGGCAGUGGAACAGACUGAUACUUUUAGUUGUUUAAAUUUAAUUAAAUUAUUACUAUCGAUAAAUUGUACAUAAACUACCCGCGAUACUCUUUGCAAAAACAACAAAAACAAACAAACUAACAAAAACCGAAAUAAUAUUAACCGCAAGUUGAAUAACUUAUGCAUUGUAUAAAUAUUUAAACAACAAUUUCAUUUAGCCUAUAGAUAUUUGUACAUACAAGACUACAACUUAAAUUAUUAAAGCAUUAAUUAUAAUACGAAACUAUCCCUUAAAAAAAAAAAACAAAAACACAAAUCAAAUAAAAUACAAACUGUUCAAAUAAACCAACAAAUACAUUUUAUUUAUGUAAAUCGCAGACACUGAAAACAAAUCGAAAUGAAAAUGAAAGCAACAUUUUUUUACAGCUGCGGAAAUGCAUUUAAAUUUCCCCCCAUCGAUCAGAGAGAUUCACAAGAAGAAAAGCAACUAAAAUCCAAGUCCGCCAUGAGAAGUAAAAUACAUUUUUAAAACACCCAAUCACACACACACACACUCACAGUUUAGCCAGCCGGACAGGCAAAUUAAUUAGCAUGUAAGGAAAUUGUAUGAUAAAAAUCAAACAAUUGAUAACGAACAACAAAAAAAUAGCUAGAGGAAGGGGAAAGGAUAGCGAGGCGAACAAAUAUAAAUAGCCAACAAUAAAAAGGCAUCAUAAUAACUGCGAUGAAAAAUAAUAAUAAUAAUAUUAUUAUUAAUAGCUGACACUCAACGAAUUGAAAAUAAAUUUAUAGUGAAUCAGAAUCACACACACACGCACAUUCCACAAACACAUACAUAAUGAUGAGCCUGACGCAGUUGUUGAUAACAAUUAAGCCAACGAACCGCAAACAACGAACAGCCAAACUGACUACCGAACCAAUAACCACAACUUACCAAACCCGACUUCGACCUCGAAUUCAACUCAACUCAAACCGAAUCAAGCCAAACCAAAAACGAACUCAACUCAAACUUGAACCAAGUGACAGUCGCUUAUGUUUAAGUUAUUGCCACCUGUUCUCAUUAACUGUCUGCACUUAAUCGGCCUGAAACUGACGCGACUGAACGACAAAUAAUUUGCUCAAUUUAUCAUCAUCACAGCUAGAGAAUUUUAUUUACCUUAUUUGCUAUUUUAAAGACCAGUUGCUUAAAUACUUAAAGUAAAGUAGUAGAGUUCUAACAACACUCAGUAAUCAUUUGUUGGGUAUUCGGUUUUUAAUUAAAAUUAAAUUUUUAUAUUUUCUGGAAAUAUGAACAAAAAUUUAUAUAAUAUCAUAAUAAUUUUAACAAGUUUCCUAUUCCAAAUAAUCAUUUUAAUACUUUCAUU